AUGAAGCUCGAUGGUGGGACAAUCUCAUAUGGGGCUGUCCACAGUAUAUCCAACCGGUUUUCCAAAACAACGCACAUCAGCUUCAAGGUUGAGACUUCUCAGUGUGAAUUGGCCAUUGCUUGGUUACAUGAUCUCAUAUACAAAUUUGAUAUUAGACAAGGAAAGUGCAGAUUCCAAAUUUCUGGUGCCAAGCUGGUGCAGUCACUUCUGGAACUUAAGUGUGAUGGAAACAAUGUUCUAUUCUCUGUAUGGGCUGGGAUGCUCUAUGAUAAGAGCUCGGCAUCACUCGCUGGUACCAUCCUUCCUCAAACAGAAUUUGUGCUAAAGCUUAUCCAGAACCUUCAAGAGUAUUCUGAUACAGUGGUCGCAGAUUUUGAGGAACUGCCAAGGAAAUACUGCACGUAUCAUGAAAGCGUAACAUUUUGGACAUAUUCAAACUACGGAGUGUCUGCCCAAAAACUUCGGGGACCCUUCUACCGGCUUGCUCCGUUGAAGCUCACGAGCGGCACCCUUGGUGAAUUGGGUAAGAAUCCUGCAACCAAGGUGUGA